AGUGCCUCACGCGAAGAAACUUGCUGGUAGGCGGACAGCAAAGAGGGGCUUGGCCUAUGCACUUGUGUCCCCCACCCCACCCCGCCCCGCCCCCUAUUGCCCAAGCCCCACCACAAUGGCUGAGACAGAGGAGGAUGACACUGAGGUCUGGCUGCGGUUGAAGCCUGUGGAGCCCUUGCCCUCCCAGUGCUGCGGCAGUGGCUGCUCACCCUGUGUGUUUGACCUCUAUUACCGAGACCUUGAAAGAUGGGAAACAGCCCGAGCCAGAAAUGACAGGAGCCUGCUGAGUGGGAGGCAGCCACCUGAGAGCCAGGACCGUUCUGCCAAGCUGAGUCCAGAGACUUUCCUGGCCUUCCACAUCAGCACCAUGGAGAAGGUCACCAAGGACACCUAUCUUGUGCGGUUCACAUUACCUGGGAACAGUCAGCUCGGCCUGCUUCCUGGGCAGCACCUCAUCCUACGAGGUGUAAUAGACGGCUUAGAGAUUCAGAGAGCCUACACUCCCAUCAGCCCUGUCACUGCAGAAGGAUACUUUGAUGUUUUAAUCAAGUGCUACCAGACUGGGCUGAUGUCCCGGUACGUAGAGUCCUGGAGAACAGGAGACACAGCUUUCUGGCGAGGGCCCUUCGGAAGCUUCUUAUAUGAACCAAACAAGUAUGGCGAGCUCCUCAUGCUGGCGGCCGGCACAGGCCUGGCCCCCAUGGUGCCUAUCCUGCAGAGCAUCACAGACAACGAAGAUGAUGAGACCUUUGUCACCUUGGUCGGCUGCUUCAAGACCUUCGAGGGCAUCUACCUGAAGACCUUCUUCCAGGAACAGGCCAGGUUCUGGAACGUGCGAACCUUCUUUGUCCUCAGUCAGGAGGUCUCCCCAGACCAGCUUCCCUGGAGCUACCAUGACAAGACCCAUUUUGGCCGCCUGGGCCAGGAGCUGGUGAAUGAACUGGUGGCCUGCUGCCGGAGAAAGCCGUUCACGUUAGUCUGUGGCUCCCCUGCAUUCACUGAGGACAUGGCGAGGUGUUUACUGUCUGCCGGCCUGGCUGAGGACUCCUACUUCCUCUUCUAGCCCUGGCCUUGGGCUUUAAUCAGGGUACAGAGAGGAGCCCAGACUAGAGUCAGAAGACACGGAGUCCAGGCCUGGCCCUGCUGCUCACUUACCCAGAGACCUUGGGCAAAUGUCAUCACUGUGGAACUUCCCUUCCUGUCUGCUGCGUCCUGCUGUGUGGAGGGAGGCCAGCAGUUGGGGGGAGUCAGGGAAGACUGCCCCAAGGGAGCCAAGCAAGUGGAGUCCUGCUGAGCUCAGGCUGGUGGGGUUGGACAGGACAGGGUGAGGAGUCUUUUGUCCUUCCAGAGCCCAUCAGUGCUGAGAAGAUGACUUGGGGGAGCUCAGAGCUCUGGGAGCACCUUAACUUCAAUGCCUCCUGUGGGGUGAACCUGACUAGCUGAAGGCCUUGGGUCUAAGACCUGACCAUGUUCUGCCCUGAAUCAUCUCUGUAUCUGUGACAAGUCUUUGCUGCCAUGACCAGCCUCGCGCUCAGUUUCUUUCCUGGCUCAGGAGGCCAGCUCAGAGUCCUUUUCCUACAAAAGAAGAGGAACAGAGGCAAAUGCCCCUCCCUCCUGCAGGCAGCCACAUAGCCCGUGCCUUCCGCUCUCGGUGCCCUGGCGACAGUUGCUAUGGAGAUCUAAAGAUAGAGCAGGAGUCAGGAGACCUGGGUCCCUCUCCCAGCUCUGCCCACUGAGUGGCUGCCGAUCCAGGUCCACCCAGCCCCCACCUCCACCUCCUCUAUCCUGCACGGGGCAUGCCCUCUCCAGGGAGCUCACUGCCCCUGGGCAUCACGUUGGCUUAAUGAAUUCUGCUUUCC